AUGCCUUCCUUGUCGUCUUACACCCCGUUCGAGUCCCUUUUGUUCUUCCAGUCCCUCGCUGGACUCGAUAAGCGACCGGAGAACUUCUCGUCGAUCUCGGAUCUCCUCAGGACCAACCCGUUUAUCCAGCAACAUGCGGCCUUCGACAUCAACCGGCUGACGCCCCAGGCCCUCGAGGAGCUGUAUGCCGAUCUGGUAAAGGGAGCUGGUGGAGGAGAAAUAUCGGCCAGGAAGAGUCCGGAACAGCAGUUGCUGCUUGCAAACGGCCAACAAGAUGGGCUGGGUUCCCCGCCCAGCCCCAAGAAACGCAGGCUUACUCCGCCCGGAGGAGAUGGAGAGUCGCAUUCUACAGUGAUAUCUGGUUUGGUUUCUCGUUUGUAUGCGCGAUACAAGGAAUUGGUCACAAAGGAGAUUCAGGAGGAAGAACGCAGGUACAGAGACCUGAACAGUGAGCUGAGCAAGAUACAGCAUGAGAAAGAGACCGAAUCAGCAGCUUUACCCGCUGGUGCGCCCCAGGUCGAGCCGCAGCCAAAGCCCGCGCAUCUGCCAGGUGACGUCCUGCAGCAUCAUGUUAAGCCGCCUGAAGCCCGUGUUGACUCUCAGACUUCCCGUGAAUCUGGAAAUGGACUGGGUAUAGUACGUGACCUUCCCCAGGCUAUACCGCCUAGACCUGAGACAAACCCUCCGAUUCAUCCCACACCGGAUUCGAACCGCCAGCCUGUACAGCAAGCUGUUCCCAGAGUUGUCACCCAGUAUCGCUUCGAGAACAAAACUCCACAAUCCAUGCAGGCCCAGCAUCAAGGCCCGCCGUGGGUAAACACAAGUCAACAACCUGCUGUGGGCAUUCCGGCUACCGCGACAAACCAAGCCAAAAAAGGGCGCACUCCCAUUCAACCCAAUUCACAGGCUCCGGCCUUCUCUGGUUCACCGUCCAGUCCCCACAUUGCUCCAACCCCGGCCGCCGUCAUAACUCCUCGAGAACAAGCACGACAGCCCCAGAUCAUCUCUUCUUCACGGUCCUCCCCACCGAAACCUGUGAUGCAAGGGAGGAUCAUACAGCCAUGGUCCAUUCACGCCCUUCCACAGCCACAGCAGGUCUCUUUGUAUGCGAACGCGCCGCAACCAACUACCCAGGCUCCAUCUACGCCAGUUCAGGGCCCACAGGGUUUAAACAAUAACAAUAAAAGCUUAAACAAAACACCCCAGAAUUCGUUCAACGUACCCUCUAAGCAUUUACCCAGCCAGGCUAGCAUUGGCCCAAAACUCGCGGCCGAAGCAAGCAACUUACCACAGAGCAUCGCUACGCCAAGUCCUGGGAUUUCAAGAGCGAAUUCUCCGGCUUUCCCCUUUGGUCGACCAUCCCUUACCUCGUUGCUCCAGACUUCAAGUGCCCGCACACCGUGGAAGAAGUUGGGUUCGCUUGAGAUUCCUCGACGCCCUGGAUCUCCUAUGCGACCACGACCCGAGGAUAUAAGCCCAAUUAGUGAACCGGAACUAUCUCCCAUGGAUAAAAUAGGGUUGCCUGCUGAGACUCCUCGAGGGUUGGAAAAGGCGAAAACGGACUUGGAAUCACCUGCGACAGGCACUCGAAGCAGGAAAACGACCCCAGCUCGUCGGAAAGGCCGGAGUAAUAGCCCUCUAUCGCCCUCGACCAUACAAACUCGACGCCGCGCGCGCUCGAAUACUGGCCGUGACGAUGAAACUGAAAGCAGCAAGAUCAAAAAUGAAUUACCUAGCACUCCUAUCAAUGAUGAUAUGGACAUAGAUAGACGGACUUCGGAAAGACUGACACGUUCGUCUCUGAGUGUCUCAGAUGACAGGACUAGGUCAAAACGAAAACGUGCACCAACUGACACUGUCAGUGCGGAGGACGGUCAAACAUCUCCGCAGCAUGUUCUUUGCACCCGGAAUUUCCCACGAACAUGUGGGCCCGUCAUGAACGAUAUUGCUGCCCAUAAGCACGCCUCCAUUUUUGCAAAGCCGUUGACCGAACGGGAUGCUCCAGGAUACAAGGACCUCAUUUACCGCCCGCAGGAUAUCAAAUCGAUCAAGUCAGCCAUCCAUCAGGGAAGCAAAGCGGUCGCUGCGGCUUCAGAAGCACUCAGCGCAUCCGGCGCGGAAGACGAAUUGUCCGGGACUUCGAAGGGAAAUGGGUUGAUUCUGAAAAGGACCGCUGAACUAAUGCCGCCCAGAGGAAUAGUCAACUCGUCUCAGUUGGAAAAGGAAUUGAUUCGGAUGUUCGCAAAUGCUGUGAUGUUUAAUCCAACACCAGAAAGUACAUUCGGACCCGCAUUUUCCAUGCGGAGCGAGUUUGCGUCUCGGGAGCAAACGCAGGCCUUGGAACCGGAGGAAGGCGGUAUUCUUCACGAUACAUUGGAAAUAUAUGAAGAUGUUGAGAGAGCUGUGUCGACAUGGCGUGCGGCGGAGAGGGCUGUUGAUGAUUUGGGAGGUAAAGGCAGCACUUCUACCCUGAGGGGAAGCACCGGCGACGGCAACGUAGAGGGUGCCGAGGAUGUGAAAUAG